GCGUGACCACACUUUAAGCUAUCACAGAUUGUGCUCUCGGAUCAGGACACCUGGUCUGAAUUCGAAACUCUAAUGCCCUCGAAAAAAGCUUUUUCCUUCCGUGCUACUUUUGAACUGGAUUAUUUUCCCUCGCUCAAAACACCACAUCACUCUCACGACCGCGUCUCAAUGAAGUACUCCUUGUCUGGUUCAGGGCUUUUAGCCGCUGUUACAUCUCUCUUUGGAGGAGUUACUGCCUCCCCAGAUGAUCCGUUGCCUCCAUCGGUGCCCAGACCUGCCGAUGACCCAAAGGUCCAAUCCUUUCCCUCAUGGAAUCCAGUUCACUCUGGACAUCAUAUCAACCUCACCAGGGUCCGUCAUGUUCACAGAUGCCUCCAAGACUGGUGCGACGAUCGUUACCUCAUUUGGGAACUGGGCGGCAAGGCCAUUUGCAAAACAGACCAUCCAGAUGGAGAGAACGUCGUGGGCUGGCUCUGCAACCUGGGAUAUUAUCAAAAGGCCUGCUCAGCCGCCAUGCUCAACCAGGCCGCCAAAAAGAUGAUUGAGGGUAUGGAUGACUACAGAGCCCCCUCCCCCGCAGGCCAUAUCUAUUACAUGCCAGAGAGGUCUCAAUCGUUUGUCUUUGGUUGGGACACCUACUGCAACGGCUCACCCUCAUGCGGAGGACACCGGGAUCCUACCAUAGUCUGUGAGAACCAGAUCAAUCACUACCGCCACAGGCCGAGUCCCAAGCCGGCUCAAUUCGUUAGCAUCGCUAACGCGUACGGAUCCGUGAGACACGAGGGUUACCACGUUGAGGAGGACGUUGAAAGUGAGCAGGGCCAAAAUAGCAACUGCACUGAAGAGGAGGAGUUCGAGAAGUUCAAAAAGGAUCAAGCCAUGAAGGACAUUUCGAUUGCCGAGCAGAUAAUCAGGAAGAAGUUUUGGCCGCACACCCAAAAGGGAAUACCACUCGAAGGGGCCAGUGAGGAAAACAUUUACCACAACCCAGAACACCACAGGAAUGGCGGCCGCUGAGUCUCCUGUCAGCGGGAGGCCGGGCAACAUAAUGGGUCCAUGAGUCAAGG